AUGAAAGCUGGGAAAUAUAUGAGUGGCAGCGCUAACAACAGUGCUUCCAACAUCAAUGCUGCUUCUUCCACACAAAGACACAAUUCUAUCAUGGAACUGUUAUCGACGCCUCCACAGUUGCCACACAACCCAGGGUCUGCUUCGUCAACAGUCACAGGUGCCACUCUGGGAAGCAACACAAACACUUUAAAUGUAAAUAAAUCGGGCCAUAAUCACCAUUUUAACAAGUCGCGUCAGUCAUCGAACCUUAAUGACGGCUUCUCUCAGUCUGCUAGUAAUGCUGCCGAGGAUCCAAUGGUUUUAGGCAGAACAGAAUCGUUCUCCUCUGCGGAUUCAAUCUCGUCGUUAUCCAUUACUUCCUCAAAUAACCAUUUCGACAUGAUCGAUAACAAUAGCGACAAUAACAACACAAACUCGAUUUACGCUAACAUAACAGGCAACGCAAACAACCAGGCCAAUAACGCAAACGGCCCUGGAUCUCCAGGUAUAAGUUUACACUUGACCAACUCAAACGGUUAUAAUAGUAAUUCGAUAUUGGCUCAGGACUCCUCCUUUUCACACGUGACUUCUACUAUUAACACCUAUCCGCAACAGCAACAGCAACAGCAACAGCAACCAUUACUCGCAGAACAACAACCACAGUCACAGCCACAUCAGCAGCAAUUACAUCAUGACAUAGAGGAGUAUUUGAGCAACGUACACCACGGCGAAUUGAUGGAAAACGGAGAUGACCGGUUUCCUUCACAUUGUAUCUCUUCUGUACAUGCACAAAAAUGGCAGCACAUCAAGUUGUCACAGCUUAUCGAACAAAAUAAAUUGAUCACUAUCGAAGGCUCGAUCUCAAUCGAAGAGGCAUUCAAUACAUUGGUUAAAUACCAUUUGACCUCACUACCAGUUGAACAGUUUAGUGGUGAUAUGGAUUGCUUGAGUUUCGAUUACAACGAUUUGAACUCUUAUCUAUUACUGGUACUAAACAAAAUUUCAGUUAACAAUGAAAAAGUUACGCAAGACUGUCAAAAUGGCAAACCAGUCCCAGUUGGUGAAAUAAUUAAACUAACUCCAAAAAAUCCAGCAUGCAGACUACCAGAAAGUGAAAAUCUAUCGACAGUUAUGGGAAUAUUGGGUUCAGGUGUUCACAGAGUUAUCAUCACAGACAAUGAAAUAACAAAAAUGAAAGGUAUUUUAUCUCAAAGACGUUUGGUUAAAUACUUGUGGGAUAACGCUAGAUCGUUUCCAAGUUUAGAACCAUUGUUGAAUUCAUCUUUGAAAGAUUUACAAAUUGGUGUGUUCAAUUUAUCAUCAAAACCAACUUCUGACCAAUCUAGAGUCAUCUCUAUUCGUGGCGAAGAACCAUUAAUUAUGGCAUUGUAUAAAAUGCACACAGAAAGUAUUUCAUCAAUUGCUGUUGUUGAUAAUCAACUGAAUUUAAUUGGUAAUAUAUCAGUCACAGAUGUUAAGCACGUUACGAGAACUUCUCAAUAUCCAUUAUUGCAUAAAACUUGUAGGCAUUUUAUCUCCAUUAUUUUGAAUUCAAGAGGUUUAGAAAAUGGUAAAGAUUCAUUCCCAAUUUUCCAUGUCUAUCCAACUAGUUCUUUGGCCAGAACUUUAGCCAAGUUAGUGGCCACAAAGUCUCAUAGAUUAUGGAUAGUUCAACCACCUGAGCAACAAUUAAACGAAUCUGGUUCAGCAUCUACUUCUACUUCAAACUCCACACACUCUCCAAUUAUGACAGCACUUGAUUAUUCUCCAUCUCAAACUCCAAAUGUUUCUCCAACUAAUUUAUUUGAAAAAGAAUAUAGAACUGGUAAACUAAUUGGUGUGGUUUCUUUAACGGAUAUUUUAAGUGUUUUAGCAAGAAAGCAAACGGAUAAUAAAGAGGUUGAUCCACAGAGUGCGAGAAGACAAAGAGGUUAUUACAAAUGA